AACAGCGACAACAGCAACACACAACACACAGCACACGAAAAAUAAUAAAAGAGGCAAGACGAAAAAGCUACAAACCAAAACCCGGAAGUGACUCUUUUUUUUUUGUUUUAGUAUAUUGCCACAAAUUCUUAACACUUUAUUUGACGAAUUGAACAUUGCAGAACUGGAGUUUAUAGAAUAUUCCAAUGAAGUCAUGUGAAAAUCAGCUAACCAAUACAUUUAUGGGCAACAACUUAAUUAAAUACUGCAUCAGGUCGACGAAUAAAAUUCGUAGCAAUUGCAAUAAAACUUUCUUGUUUUGGGCUAAAACAAAAGUAAUUAAACACAUUCAGGCAUUGCCAACAAAAGAACACGAAGAGAGGAAAAGUUUUAUUUAACGCUAUGCGACAGCAAGGAAGUUGCUAAGGAGUCCUGGAGUGGAGCGGAGACCUGGUGCGGAGGUGAGGAGACAAAUCCUGUGCAUGGCCAAAAGCCAGCUGACACUGCCAGCCACAAACAGCUAACCAAGACCUUAGACGUGGAAGGAAGAAACAAGCAUAAGGCAGGCCACAAAAUGCAGAAGGAGAACAAUGUUACGGCUGAGAAUUGCCAAUUUGUUGGUCCCUAUCGCCUGGAGAAGACCCUGGGCAAGGGUCAAACGGGUCUCGUCAAACUGGGCGUACAUUGUGUGAUUGGCAAAAAGGUGGCCAUUAAAAUAAUCAAUCGCGAGAAACUCAGCGAAUCGGUGCUAAUGAAGGUUGAACGUGAAAUUGCUAUAAUGAAACUAAUCGAUCAUCCGCAUGUCCUUGGCCUAAGUGAUGUGUAUGAGAAUAAGAAAUAUUUAUAUUUAAUAUUGGAACAUGUAUCCGGCGGUGAGCUGUUUGAUUAUUUGGUGAAAAAGGGACGCCUAACGCCAAAAGAGGCACGCAAAUUCUUUAGACAAAUCAUAUCGGCCCUCGAUUUUUGCCACUCACAUUCGAUUUGUCAUCGGGACUUGAAGCCUGAAAAUCUGCUGCUGGAUGAAAAGAAUAAUAUUAAGAUAGCGGACUUUGGUAUGGCCUCACUUCAGCCAGCUGGCAGCAUGCUGGAAACCUCUUGCGGCUCACCACACUAUGCGUGUCCCGAGGUUAUAAGGGGUGAGAAGUAUGAUGGCCGCAAGGCGGAUGUCUGGUCGUGUGGUGUCAUUUUGUAUGCCCUGCUGGUUGGAGCAUUGCCCUUCGAUGAUGAUAACUUGCGACAAUUGUUGGAGAAAGUCAAACGGGGCGUCUUUCACAUACCGCAUUUUGUGCCGCCUGAUUGCCAGAGUUUAUUACGUGGCAUGAUUGAAGUGAAUCCGGAUAGGCGUCUAACGCUUGCUGAAAUAAAUCGUCAUCCCUGGGUCACAGCUGGUGGCAAAGGUGAACUGGAACUGGAGUUACCAAUGAUGGAGGUGGUCCAAACACAUGUUAUACCUACAUCAACAGCUGUUGAUCCAGAUGUAUUGAAUGCCAUUUGCUCGCUUGGUUGUUUCAAAGAGAAGGACAAACUCAUACAGGAGUUAUUGAGUGCCAGCCAUAAUACAGAAAAGGUAAUAUAUUUCCUUUUGCUGGAGCGGAAACGUCGACGUCCUGCCCUUGAAGAUGAUGAUGAAAUUGCCCAAAAGUCACGCAGUGAAUUAGACGCUGUAGAUCCGCCGCGUAAACGUUUGGACACUUGUCGUAUAAAUGGUACCAAUGCUCCUAGCUAUGGACAGAUCUCCGAGGGUUCACCCUUAACACCGCGUAGACAGGCCUUUAAUUUCCGGUCGUAUAGCAGCACACGAAACCAUCAGCGAAGGUCACCAACGACAGUAUCCUCAUCAGUGCGAAGUUCUUCAUAUCACAGUCCGACACGUUGCAAUUCCCCCAUGAGUUCGGCUCAGCAGCAGGCCAAUGCCAUAUCGCGUCCAUCAUCGCCAGCGGCAGGCACUCGACACUCUCAGUAUGGGGACCGUGAACGCUCCAGUUCGGUAGUGCAUCACUCAUCAGUUAGCCGCACGCCAUCCCAUAGUUCCCAAAAGAGCAUCGAAGGUGAUGUGGUUGUGGUGCGCGAGGGUUCUCGCCUCGAACGUCGUGAUUCGGCCCGUCAAGAGCGAACUGGAGGAACCGGUGGUGGUAGCUCGCGUGGCGAUAAUGUCGGGGUCCCGCCUGGCAGUCCCGGCGGCAAUUCUGGCGGCAGUGGUUCACAGCAAGGAACCUCAUCACCAUCAUCUGUGGUGCACCAUCGUGCCAAUUCAGGUCCGACAAUUGCCAUUAGCAUGUUCCACGAUCCAGAGUCGAAUAGUGUUGUGAAUCCCAAUGGCUCGCCACUGAUGAAUAACAGCAGUCCCGGCAUACCGGGCUCACCGUGCAAUAAUCCCGGUGGUCAACUCUGGAAAACGCGACUGACAAAUAUUAAAAAUAGUUUCCUGGGCAGUCCGCGUUUCCAUCGGAGAAAAAUGCAGGUAUCUGCCGAUGAAGUUCAUUUGACUCCCGAAUCGUCACCGGAGCUAACGAAACGCUCCUGGUUUGGUAAUCUAAUUACUACAGAGAAGGAUGAAACUUUUACCAUCUUGGUUAAGGGUAAACCCAUAGCCACAGUUAAAGCGCAUUUGAUUCAUGCAUUUCUAUCGAUGGCUGAACUAUCGCAUAGCGUCGUCUCACCCACCUCAUUUCGGGUGGAAUACAAACGAAAUGGUAAUGGACCUGUCAUGUUUCAACGUCAUGUUAAAUUUCAGGUGGAUAUUAGUGCCAUUUGUAAACAAGGUGAUAUAGCCGAUAUGUUAUUUGCUUUAACAUUUACACUACUAUCUGGGAAUAUUCGUCGUUUUCGUCGCAUUUGUGAGCACAUACAAUCGCAAGUUUGUUCGAAGCGUUUUCCUGGUCCCAGUAGUCCGCCAACUGUGACUAGUGUCACUCAGGCUGUAUCAGAGAGUUCGUCAUGCGGUUCAGUGUCCAGCGAACGUUUGUCCUAUAAAAGACAAGUGAUUGAAAAUGAUAUAGAGAAUGAUUCAAUAUUCUCAUACAAAUCGGGUAAUGGUCGCCGUGCCUCUACUACAAAUAAUAAUAAUGCCAAUCCGGUGGAUAUACCAGGCAGUCCUAUAGCUGUGCGAUCAAAUUCCGAAACAGCUGAACAUGAACGUAACCGUGAACUGCAGAGUGAGCGACAGGCGACAACGAUGUCCGGUAGUGCAAUCGCAUGAGAAUUAUUUCUCUGAUUUAGUUACAUUUUUCUAAUACAAAUUUCUUUUGAUACACAAACAACAAGAACAACCAAAUACUUGAACUAAGCAACAACAACCGAAUA